CUACUUGUGCUCUCCCAAGGCCAAAACCACCCGCUCCCCACCACAUCUUCUCCGUCGCCGUCGCGCACCCCCACCUCCUGCGCCGCCGUCUCCGAUUCGACAUCCUCCGGCCGGCGCCCGGCGUCACGGGAGCGAGAGAGCGAAGAAUGGGCAGCCUGGCGUCGGAGAGGACGGUGGUGGGGUGGGCCGCCCGGGACGCCACCGGCCACCUCUCCCCGUACACCUACACCGUCAGGAAGACAGGCCCUGAGGAUGUGGUGGUGAAGGUGCUGUACUGUGGGAUCUGCCAUACUGACAUCCACCAGGCCAAGAACCAGCUCGGUGCUUCGAAGUACCCCAUGGUCCCUGGGCAUGAGGUGGUCGGUGAGGUAGUGGAGGUUGGGCCCGAGGUGAGCAGGCACCGCGUCGGCGAUAUCGUCGGCGUCGGGGUGAUCGUCGGGUGCUGCCGCGAGUGCCGCCCCUGCAAGGCCAACGUCGAGCAGUACUGCAACAAGAGGAUCUGGUCCUAUAACGAUGUCUACACCGACGGCCGGCCCACGCAGGGAGGGUUCGCCUCCACCAUGAUCGUCGACCAGAAGUUCGUGGUGAAGAUCCCGGCGGGUCUGGCGCCGGAGCAGGCGGCGCCGCUGCUAUGCGCGGGCGUGACGGUGUACAGCCCACUAAAGCACUUCGGGCUGACGACCCCCGGCCUCCGCGGCGGCAUCCUGGGCCUCGGCGGCGUGGGCCACAUGGGCGUGAAGGUGGCCAAGGCCAUGGGCCACCACGUGACGGUGAUCAGCUCGUCGUCCCGGAAGCGCGCGGAGGCGAUGGAUCACCUGGGCGCGGACGCGUACCUGGUGAGCUCGGACGGCGACGCCAUGGCGGGCGCCGCCGACUCGCUGGACUACAUCAUCGACACGGUGCCCGUGCACCACCCGCUGGAGCCGUACCUGGCGCUGCUGAAGAUGGACGGCAAGCACGUGCUGCUGGGCGUCAUCGGCGAGCCGCUGAGCUUCGUGUCCCCCAUGGUGAUGCUGGGCCGCAAGUCGAUCACGGGCAGCUUCAUCGGCAGCGUGGAGGAGACCGCCGAGACGCUGCAGUUCUGCGUCGACAAGGGGCUCACCUCCCAGAUCGAGGUGGUCAAGAUGGGGUACGUGAACGAGGCGCUCGAGCGGCUGGAGCGCAACGACGUCCGCUACCGCUUCGUCGUCGACGUCGCCGGGAGCAACAUCGAGGAGGCCGUGGCGGCGGCGGAGGCGCCGAGCAACUGAUUGACGGUGCCGUGUGUGCGCGUGGACCGUGAGGCUGUGUCGGUCUCGUGUGUCGAGGUGUGCGUGGGCUUUCUGCUUCCUUGGGCUGAGUUGUGUGUGUUCUGGCCUUCUGGGCUUGGCGAAGGGCGAGUGACCGCUGCAGCUGAAUUGCUGGCACAGAGAGAGUUUGUUCGAUCGGCAUCAGCUUGCAGACGGGAUGGUGGAUGCUCGAGUUGUUCUCAGGCCAAAUAACUAUGUAAUAUUAUUCCUAUAAAAAAACUACUCCUAUGUAGUAUACUUAGAGUAUGCCUGUAUCUA